AUGUGGAACACCUCAUCCCUAACCCCCAACGACACCAUAAUAACCACCAACCAAACAGUGGCGUCCAUCUACUCCUCCACCGUACAGCCUUCGAUUUCUGACGAAGACGGAGUCUGGGGUCCGAAACGUGAUGCCCUUUACAUUGUCAUACCUCUGACCAUCAUUUAUGGGGCUAUUUUGGUGGUUGGAUCAAUAGGAAAUGUCAGUACAUGUGUUGUGAUAGCCAGGAAUAAGUCUAUGCACACCGCCACCAAUUAUUAUUUGUUCAGUUUGGCGGUCUCUGAUCUUUUGCUUCUGAUGGCGGGGUUGCCUUAUGAGAUGUACGCCCUUUGGUACAAGUACCCUUAUUUGUUUGGCGAGGCCUUUUGUGUUAUGCAGGGCCUUGCAGCAGAGACUUCAGCAAAUGCAACAGUUUUAACAAUAACAGCCUUUACAAUUGAAAGAUAUGUGGCCAUAUGCCAUCCUUUUUUAUCUCACACCAUGUCGAAAUUAUCCAGGGCAGUCAAAUAUAUCAUUGCAAUUUGGCUACUAGCUCUCUGUCUAGCCAUACCGCAGGCGAUGUCAGUGGGCCUAGUCUACGGCCCAAGGGCCGACGGUGGAACCGACUCCACCGUUUGUGUCUGCGGAGUCGUAGAAACUCCUUUGGUUCCCAGGGCCUUCGAAUUAUCAUCCCUGAUAUGUUUUCUGGCCCCAAUGUUACUUAUAAGUGUCCUGUAUGCCCUGAUUGCGGCCCAACUUCAUAGGGCCAGAAUCCUUAGUGGCAGUGGGAGGCGAAAAAGGACUCCCGGAGGCGUCCGAAACGCUCAACAAAAAGCCACCAGACACGUAGUUAGAAUGCUGGUGGCAGUGGUAGCCGGUUUUUUCGUCUGUUGGGCCCCCUUUCACGCCCAAAGAUUAUUAGCAAUUUAUUACGAUGUUUCAAGUGGACCCACAGUGGUGGCGAUUUAUAAAAUUUUAACAUAUGUUUCGGGGGUCCUUUAUUAUGCCUCUACUUGUGUGAAUCCGCUCCUGUACAACAUUAUGAGCAACAAAUUCAGGGAAGCAUUCAAGAAGAGAUAUGAUAGUAAAAUUUUGUAG